GAUGAAUUAGCUUUAAAAAUUAAUGAAAUUGAGUGUUUAGGCGCUUUACGUUCUGCUUCACAGAAAACAAAGGAUAUAUUGGAUCCUGUAAUUAGGGGAGGUACAGAAAAAAAUACGCAGAGUGAGGAACAAAGUUUCAUAUCGAAUUCUAGAGACACAUCGGAGGAAUCAGAGAUUUGA